UACAUAUAUAACUAUAUACCAUCGCUCGAACUUCUUCAAUAUCCUACACCCACCUCCUAGAUUGUGUUGAAAACCUGAACUAGUAUCCAUACGCUUCGACCUUUUCAACUCCGGAUAACGCGAUAGCGUCAUAACCUACUCUCCUCGAAACAAGAUAUCCGGGACCCGUUUCUAUAUACGGAUCUUCGCAAAACAAUGCUUUCCUACGACUCCCCGAUGCCUGUCAGUGGACAAACUCCCAAGUCGCCUUCGGGGCUUACCAACGGCGUACAACAAGCCGUUGCGUCCCAGACCCAGCCUAGAGUACCUGGGGUUCCGACCUCCGCAAACAAUGGCGUACACGUCAACGGAUCUCUCGACACCAAGUACCACCACAUCUGGCUAGUUACUGGUCCUGCUGGCUGUGGCAAGACGACUGUUGCCGAGUACCUCGCUCAAGCUCUGAAGCUGCCCUACAUUGAGGGUGACAGUUUCCACCCUCAAGCGAAUAUCGAAAAGAUGGCAAACGGCAUUCCUCUUACCGACGCCGACCGUUGGGACUGGCUUGUUGCCCUGCGCGAAGAGUCCCGCCACCAGCUGGCUGCGGGCUCCGACGGAGUCGUCCUCACUUGCUCGGCCCUGAAGCGCAAGUACAGAGACGUGAUCCGCGUUGCUGGAUACUACGACCGCUCGAUCCUCAUUCACUUCAUCUACCUGUCAGCCUCCGAAAACGUCCUGGUCCAGCGUGUUACGGCUCGCAGCGCUGCCACCAACCACUACAUGGGCGCCAACAUGGUCCGCAGUCAGUUCCAGUCUCUCGAGGCCCCCAUGGCCGACGAGACCGAUGUCAUCAGCCUCGAUGUCAGCCGCUCCCUCGAAGAAGUCAAGCGCGACGCCUUGGCCAACGUCAAGGCCGCAAUGGAAGAGGAGGCAUGAGCUGUAUACCGGCUAUAGAAGGCGUACUGUCAUUGGUUCUUUUUUGGCUGCUUCUUUUUGACAAAUUAUCCUGCGGGAUAUUGGAGUUCCGG